AUGGAGAAAGAAGUUCCAGGAAAUAAUGGCAGGGAAUCCCUGAUAAGCUCCACAAGUAAAAUAAGAAGGCCACGUAUUUCGAAAGCUUGUAAUUUCUGUCGAUAUCGAAAAAUUAAAUGUGAUGGCAAAAGGCCUUGUUCAAAUUGCCAACAGACAGAGAUUCCAAAUUGUGUUUACACUGGCAAAUCUACUAAAGACUUGAAAAACGAACGUAAAGUUAUUAAUAAAUCCAUGGAGAGCAGGCUUUCCAGAGUUGAAAACUUACUUGAAGGAUUAAGCACGCAAUUACCUCUGAGUACGAAAACCCAAAAUGGUUCACAGUCUCCACCAACUCAGCAAGAUUCAGAUGAAACCCAAAAACUAGGAAAAGCACAUAUAGAUCGAUUUCCAGGCUCCCACUUCCAUGUUUGCAAACACUCCACCAAAUUCGUUGACCGAAUCAAGUCACAGCUUCCGAGCCAACAUCAUGAUCUUCUCAUACCAUUUAAGAAUUUGCCAAAAUUUUUCUCUGAUUCAGUCAAAGCCUUCGAAAGAAAAUGGGUCGGUACCGCUACCAUGGAGAAUAAGAGUCGGGUUCAUGUUUUAGAUACAGAUCUUCCAACGGAUCAAAAAUUGGUUAUGGAGUUGAUACAAAACGACUACAGUCAAGACUUUUGGGCUAAUUUAAUAUGUCCGAUGGAAGAAAUCCAGGAAUUAUUUGAGAGAUAUUACCAUAACACUAGCUUUCGAACUGAGAAUAUCUGUGAUUCGGAUAUCUUAAUAUUGAACAUUGCUUUGGUGAUUAGCAUACGAGAGGAAUUAGACAAGCAGAGUAAUAACAAUGACCUAAUUAAUGAACUCCAAACUAUCUACGAACAUUGUUUUUCGAGAGCUAUUUUAUAUUACCAGAGAGUUCUGCUUUUGAAUGAAGGUAUCCAAACGGUUAAAGCACUAAUGUUAUUGCUUAUCUACACUGAGUAUAAUAUAGCAAACUCUCGUCUUGAUCAUGGUCUCUUGUGUCUAGCAAUAAGAUAUGCGCAGGAUUUGGGACUCCUGAGGAAUUGUACUUAUUUUUAUGGGUCUAAUAUAAAAUCGACUCGAAUGCAGAGAUUAUGGUGUGCAAUUGAACACUUUGAUAUAGAGAUGGCUUACAGGAAAGGAAUCCGUCCUAUGAUGGAAAUAAAUCAUGUAAUUUUAGAUGAUUUUGAGCAUAAUGAAGGAACAGAAAAUUCCAAUGAUGAAUUCUUUGGCAUAAGUGACAGCUUCGACCAUCUUAAAGCUUUUUACAAUUUCAACAAUAUAUUAUCUCCGAUACGAUACCAAACAUUUUCGCUCAUCACUGACUCAAAAAAGGAUAUAACUUUCGUAGAAUUCAUGAAAAAAUUACAUAACUUAAAGAUCAAAAUGGAAAAAUUUUUAAAUGAAUUUCCUUUCAGAUAUCGUCCCUUUUUAGCAUCUGAUAGAAGGUUUAAUUCUGAGAAGCUAAAGCAGUGGAUAACCACUUCAACUCAAAGUAAUAUGGAAAAGUACUCACUUUUGACAGCUCAUGUUUAUUACAUAUCACAUUUGAUGUUUAUUAAUACAAUCCCUUCCAUGUAUGAUACUCCAGAGUCUAGCGAAUUGAAUGAAUUAUAUGCAGAGUUUAGGUCUUCCAGUGCUGAUUGUGCCAGAACUAUAUUAGAAAUAGCGGCCGCUCUCGACUGUCAAGAAGCAUCAAUUGCAUUUUCCAAUACUAUAAUUCAUCAUAUUGUAUCUGCAUUGAUGUGUCUUCUAUAUGAGUGCGUCACUAAUCCUAGAAAUUCUAGAACCUCUGCAGACCUUUCACUACUUUUGGUGGUCUGCAACACAUUUUUUUCA